UUGAAGCAUAAGUUUGUCAAGGUUAGACUCAUAUCACUCCAUUGCUUGAGUUUAAAAAAACGGGACAGCAGAAUUAUUUUCUUUCAGUUCCUCGUCGUCUUCAUUACCUUGUGCGGAGUAGCAUUCGGUCUGAUUGGCAUGCACACCUCUAAAUUGGGCCUUGAAUUGGCAGAUGUCUUGCCAGAGAACACAGCACCUGCUGCCUUCAUGAGAGCUCGUGAAAAAUAUUUCUCGUUUUAUCCCAUGUUUGCUGUACUCCGCGGUAAAACCAUCGAUAUUCCAAAUCAGCAAGCUCUCAUUGAGGAGUAUAGGAAAACAUUAGGUGAGAGCAAAAGUUUCGACAUUGCUUCAUCUUCACUGAUCGUCUCAUUCACAGGUGACACCAAAUACGUUGUGAAAGCUAACGGCAAUCUGCAGCCAUACUGGAUGUCUAUGGUGCGAACAUGGUUGGAGUCUCUGGAUACCGCACUUGAGAAAGAGCUGAAGGCUGGAACUAUGGAUCCUGUGACUGGAAAGCCUAUCAAAGGAAAGGAAAAGCCAGCUCCUGAAGCUUUAAUUGCUCGUCAUAUGGAAAAGCCAGCUCCUGAAGCUUUAAUUGCUCGUCAUAUGGUUUGCUCUUACGGUCAUACUUUCAACUGUACUGGAAGAAUAGGUCAUAUCAAAAUGGUUGAAAAUGGAACUAUUCGUCCAGAUGGUUUCUAUAAUUACUUGACUGGCUGGUACAACAUUGACAACAUGAUGUACUACGUCUCACAAGCAUCCUUCCAGCCAAAUCCACCUCCCUGGCAGAUGGGAUUAGCAAUUACUUUCGCCAGUGUUUCGCUUAGUAAAUAUGGUGACAGGGUUGUACCACCUGCUCGUCCACUACUUUACAGUCAGAUUCCUUUUUAUCAAACCAAUCUCACCGACACACCAGUAAUUGUUGAUAUGAUUGAGGAAGUGCGAGAAGUCUGCGAAAAGUUUACGGAGAGAGGGCUUUCUAAUUUCCCAUCUGGUCUUGCCUUCACCUUCUGGGAGCAAUAUCUUUUCCUACGAUGGAACCUUUUCUGCGCCAUCUGCAUUAUUGCAUUUGCGGUGUUUGCUGUUAUUUCCAUUAUGAUGUUCAAUCCAUGGGCUGCUGCUAUGGUGAUGGUUAUCGUUGUGAUUGUUACCAUUGAGUUGGGAGGUUUUAUGGGAUUAUUAGGCGUGAUGGUUAUCGUUGUGAUUGUUACCAUUGAGUUGGGAGGUUUUAUGGGAUUAUUAGGCGUGAAGAUGAACCCAAUCUCUGCCGUUACUCUCAUCUGCGCUGUUGGAAUAGGUGUUGAAUUUACCGCUCAUGUUGUGUUAGCCUUCCUGACCUCUCUUGGUUCGAUUAAUGAUCGUCUUGAGUCAUGUUUGCAACACAUGUUCGUCCCCGUCUUCCAUGGUGCCAUAUCCACACUUCUUGGUUAGUA